UUGAUGAAGUCUUUCACGCUGUUGGAGUGGGUUCGCUAGAGUUGGCCUUGGCAUUAGAACCCUUCAUGUGGCCUUUUAAAGUGUGUGCUUGAGACAGAAUUAUAUGCAGAAGCUGAAAAUGUCUGGAAGAUUUCUGGUUUCUCUCACUACUUUUCCAGCCUUUUUGCCUGUCUGCCUGAUUUGGAUGAUAUGAUAUUUGGAGGGGCACCUUAACUGAAGCCAUUCCUCAAAGAGACCUAUCUGGCAGAAGGUUGUAUACGUAAUUCAGGAUGGCUAGCCAGCCACCCGAAGACACUGCAGAGUCCCCGGUCUCCGAUGAGCUGGAGUGCAAGAUCUGUUAUAAUCGAUACAAUCUGAAACAGAGGAAACCCAAAGUGCUGGAGUGUUGUCAUAGGGUUUGUGCCAAAUGCCUGUACAAGAUCAUAGACUUUGGAGACUCCCCACAAGGUGUCAUUGUCUGUCCCUUCUGCAGAUUUGAGACAUGCCUGCCAGAUGAUGAGGUUAGUACCCUGCCCGAUGACAACAACAUCCUCAUAAACUUGACUUGUGGAGGCAAAGGAAAGAAAGCCCUGCCAGAGAACCCCACCGAGCUGCUACUGACCCCCAAGAGGCUGGCCUCUCUUGUCAGUCCUUCUCACACGUCUUCCAACUGCCUGGUUAUAACCAUCAUGGAGGUGCAGAGAGAGAGCUCCCCAUCGCUGAGCUCCACUCCGGUGGUGGAAUUUUAUAGGCCUGCCAGUUUCGACUCUGUGACCACUGUGUCACACAACUGGACUGUGUGGAACUGUACGUCCCUGCUGUUUCAGACUUCCAUCCAGGUGUUAGUGUGGUUGCUAUGUUUGCUGUACUUCAGCUCCUUACCCUUAGGGAUUUACUUACUGGUAUCUAAGAAAGUCACCCUCGGGGUCGUCUUUGUCAGCCUGGUCCCUUCGAGCCUUGUUAUUCUUAUGGUGUAUGGGUUUUGCCAAUGCGUUUGUCAUGAAUUUCUAGACUGUAUGGCACCUCCUUCUUAACCGAUAUGCAAAAUAAGAAAUUUGACACACACUGUUAUGUGUGAAGUUAGGUAAUUUAUAAUUUAUUUUCAAUAACGUUCUUUACGGUUAGAGUCCAUGACGUUAACAAAGCCGUUGGCCAUAUGUUUGUGGUCUGUUUUCUAUCAGAAUGUUGACUUGAUUGGUUUCCUGUAUGCUGGAAGUAAAUGUUCGUUUCUACUUAGGGGUGAGCAAAAAAGCAAAACUGUGUGAGGUCAGCCUUCAUGGAGCUCUGAUGGCAGUGAGUCUUCCCCAGGAAAGGGCAGGAUUUCACUCAGCACCUCUAGGGAGACACCAGGGUGUGGUGUGUUAGGCUGUAGUUGAGGUCUUUGUAGGAAGUUAGGAAUGGACUAAUUGCUCUUUUCAGAAUUGUGGAUAUUCUACAAUGGCAGGUUAACAUGAGAGGAAAGCUGCUUGAAAACACAUCUGUUUGCAAAGUGUGCACCCCUGCCAAACCCCUUCCCCCAUCUAAUAUUCCUGGUGUAGAGCUCCCUGGAUCACCUUCAGGUG